AUGGCUGAACACAGCCCGGAAAGGUUUACCAGGUUUCUCGACCUACCUCGCGAGCUACGCGACUGUAUUUACGAGCUUAUACUCGUGCGCGAUGUAAUCCCCGUUGAAUGCGCAAUAACAAACACGCGUUUUCCACAGGGCUCCGAAGAAGACCCCGAAUACUGCACGAUUCCGCCAUUAAGAGCCCCACGAGCUCAGCGUCGACUUUGGCAAAUCCCGGCGUUCGACAUGGACCUGGGGUAUCCAGACAAUGACCACACUGCGCCAGAAACUGUCCAUAUGACUUACCAGAUCAGCAAAGAACCGGAACUUGCUUCUUUGGACGGUCUUAACCUCUGCCUUCUGCAGGUGAGCAAGCAAGUGUACACCGAAGCCAGCAAGAUUUUCUAUAGCAACAACACCUUCAGCUUUACACAAGAUUUACGCCUCCCGACUGCGUUUGCAUUCCUGUGUGAUAGGCCCGCGGCGUCGCUUCGAAUGGUGAGAUCCAUCGAACUGGCGCUCAUGGAAGACAGCAACAUGCGGGGAACCGCGCAGGCGCACUACCCGAUAAUACGUCGCUCUACGGAUUCUCUUGUACUGCAAUAUGCAUACCACUAUUUCACGGAGCUUUGCACAUUACUCUCUACGUCGAGGAUCCAACUUCGAAAAUUGUACUUGUCCGUGGAGACUUGUGGUAGCCGAGGCUCACAGGAUGCGACCAGUCUACAAGAAACCGUCACCUGGGAGAACGAGAACCUAAACAGCGCGGCGCUCGAGACACUUUGGCUAGAACCUUUACUCAAGCUUGAAGGGCUUGAAUCUGUCGAGAUACACUGGAUCUUUGGUCAAGCGCAUGUUCGGCGAAUGGCUUAUAUGGCACAGAAGAUACAACGACACUCCUUAGCAAGGAUGCACGAGGACAGCGUGUCUGAAGGUCUAGCUCAGCGGGCUCAUCCUCCGAUAAGAAUCACCUCGUUUCACAAAUCCGAACAGGGCACUUCCUUCGUGUCACAGGACCCAUCUAAGUGGGAACAUGUUGUACUGGAGGGUGAAGAGAUUCGAUAUGUACCACAAGAAGAGUGUGGAAAGAACGAAAUGUCCCAAGCUACUGAGCUACCGCGUCAUCUGCAGUGGAUGCUCGACAUAUUCGCAGAUGCCAUUUGGAGCGACAGAUGUUACGCACUCUGA